UCCUUGUUUGUCUGACUGAUUCUCUCUGCCUGCUUCUUCUCAAACCGACGAUGGCUGAAGCCCAGCUUUGUGGAUUACAGGAUGAGUUUACCUGCUCAGUGUGUCUGGACACCCUGACUAACCCCGUUUCACUGCAUUGUGGUCACAAUUUCUGUAUGAAGUGCCUCACGGACUGCUGGGAUCAGAGCCAAGAGUGCAGCUGUCCUCAGUGCAGACACACCUUCACCACAAGGCCUGCUCUGCAAAGAAACACUCUGCUGAAUGAAGUCAUCAAGAAGUUAAAGAAGACAGAAAUCAGUUCUCCUCCAUCUCAGAAUUAUGUUGGACCUGGAGACGUGGAGUGUGAUUUCUGUACUGGGAAGAAGUUCAGAGCAGUGAAGUCCUGUCUAACCUGCCCAGCCUCCUACUGUCAGACUCACCUGCAGCCUCACUUUGAAAUAGCGGCCUGGAAGAGACACAAGCUGACUGAUCCAGAUAGUGAUCUGAAGGAGAAACUCUGUGUGGAACAUCAGAAAAGUCUGGAGAUGUUUUGUAAAACUGACGAGACGUGUAUCUGCUUGAUGUGUGGAGUGACUAAACACGACGGUCACAAAAAGGUUGAGCUGGACGUGGAAAGACAAGAAAAACAGAAACAGCUGGGGGCGACACAGAGUGAAAUUAGGAGGAGACUUGAAGAGAAAGAGAAGAAACUGAAGGAGACGAGGAGGACAGUGGAGGAGAUGAAGAUCUCUAUGGAAAGAGAGAUGGAGGAACAUGAGAAGAGCUUCACUGAUCUGAUUCACUGCAUUGAGGAAGCCCACAAGAAAUUGACUGAGAGGAUCAAAGAACAAGAAAAGAGAGAAACAGAGAAGGCUGAAGGAGUCAUGGAGCAGCUGGAGAAGGAGAUUGAGGAGCUGAAGAGGAGAGAAGCUGAGCUGAAGGAGCUUUCAGAGACCAAGGACCAUCUCCACUUCCUGCAGACUUUCUCAUCUCGCUGUGUCCUUCCUGCUAAUGGAGACUCGCUCAGCUUCACUGUCACUGCUGAUGUUUCUUCUAAGGACCUGCUAAAGGAGCUGUCAGGUCUGAAGAAGAGCCUGAAGAAGAUCAGCCAGUGGGACAUCCUGAAAUGGACUCCAUCAGGUCGUGAAGCUCCAAUCUUCACCCUACAGUCUCCUGAACCUCAGAGCAGAGAGGAGUUUUUACAAUACUUCUGUCCCCUCACACUGGACAUCAACACAACAAACAGAAACAUCUGUCUGUCUGAAGAGAACAAAAAGGUGACAUGUGCGGUGACAAUAGUUGAAUAUCCUGAUCAUCCUGACAGAUUUGACCACUGGUCUCAAGUUCUGUGCAGAGAGGCUCUGACUGGGACUCGCUGUUACUGGGAGGUGGAGUGCAGUGGAUUCGUGAUGAGGAUUGGGGUCACAUAUAAAGGACUGAGCAGGAAAGGAGAUGGCGUGGAGUGCAGCCUUGGAUACAACGACAAGUCCUGGACUUUGCAGAUGUCUCUUCUCCAGUACUCUGUGUGUCACAAUAACAAGCAGACUGAAAUCAGCGCCCCCUACAGCCGCAGAAUAGGUGUGUAUCUGGACUGGCCUGCUGGCUCUCUGUCAUUUUAUAGCGUCUCACACACAAUGACCCUCCUGCACAGGUUCAACACCUCCUUCACUGAGCCCCUCUAUCCAGGGUUUAGUGUUGGUCUUGAAUCCAGUGUCACAAUCAGCCAUCUGACACCAUGUGACCACUGACCAGUACCUUCCACCAGUCACUUGAUAUCCCCACAAGUUCAGGUCACCUUUGUGUUUGUAUUUUUGGGGUCAGAGUGACUUUUACUGGAUUUUGGCACCUCUAUGAUUAAAUUUGUGGAUGAGAAUGUG